GGUUGAAAAAGGCAGACUUGAGGCAAAGAACGAAGUGUGGCGAUAUAUGGGGAGGGGACGAGUCUACAACACCACAACUGCACAAGUUACUCUCUAUUCUGCUGUUUUGAACAGUUCCAUCGCAGUUCUUGAGGAGUCGAGAAGAUUUGAACAAUAAACAGCGCUUGCCACGUUUUAGGGGAAAACUGCGCUUCUUCAACUUUGGGUGCUUCCUGGCUAACACUAGCGGGCAAACUAUUUCAUUUUCCCCACACUAAAGUCUUCUGACUGUUUAACUCGUGAUAAGUCAGCACCAUAGUCGCACAUCUCUUGACAGAGCUGUCUGAUCCUCAAGUGGGGAAGUGUGCUCUUGGAUAAGGCUAUCAAGUACUACUCGCAUCACCACCACUGUGCGUUUGACUUGUUGGCGGGGCGUUGGUACCGUCAUUUUUUUCUCUCCCCCCAUUCUCUCUUGGUCCACCCUUCUGGUCCAUUCAGCUCGACAGGACACCAUUCUCCACCACUACAAUACUCUAAAACAGCACAAAAAUGGCCGGAAUCAACAGCAUCGAUGCCGUUAAGCGAAAAAUCAAAGUUUUACAACAGCAAGCGGACGAAGCAGAGGAGAGGGCAGAGAUUUUGCAGAGACAGGUCGAAGAAGAGAAACGCUCAAGAGAACAGGCUGAGGCGGAGGUGGCGUCUCUGAACCGGCGUAUCCAGCUGGUUGAGGAGGAGCUGGACAGGGCUCAGGAGAGACUGGCCACCGCCCUGCAGAAACUGGAGGAGGCCGAGAAGGCCGCAGACGAGAGCGAGAGAGGCAUGAAGGUGAUUGAGAACAGGGCGAUGAAGGAUGAGGAGAAGAUGGAGCUGCAGGAGAUCCAGCUGAAGGAGGCCAAGCACAUCGCAGAGGAGGCCGACAGGAAGUACGAGGAGGUUGCCCGUAAGCUGGUGAUCGUGGAGGGAGAGCUGGAGCGUACAGAGGAGAGGGCAGAGCUGGCUGAGGCCAACUCCAAGGCUCUGGAGGAGGAGCUGAGGGGCCUGGACCAGUCGCUGAAGAGCCUGCAGGCCUCUGAGGACAAGUACUCCCAGAAGGAGGACAAAUAUGAGGAAGAGAUCAAGAUCCUGACGGAUAAGCUGAAGGAGGCUGAGACUCGUGCUGAGUUUGCUGAGAGGUCCGUGGCUAAACUGGAGAAGACCAUUGAUGAUCUGGAAGACCGACUGGCCCAGGCUAAAGAGGAGAAUGUGCAGCUCCACUCCACCCUGGAGCAAACCCUUCAGGACCUCAACAGCGUCUGAACGCACACAGUCACCACACAUCUCUAUCCCAGCCCCUCACCCUCCCACCCUCUCAUCCCUACUCUUUAUAAAGCAGUGUCUUAAGUCAAGACAUGCUCAUUUGAAACACUUAAUAGUUCUCUCUCUCUCUCCCUUGUAUGAUCCUUUUUCCCCUUUUACCCCUGCCAUAUUCCUUUUAAAGUCGUCAGUUUCCACAAUACUUUAAAACACCCUCACUUGUGUUGCAUACAAAAAAGAAAACUGGUUUGGGACCAAAACCACCUCUGGUGGUCAGAAAUUCACAUUGUCUCAGGACUUUGUGAUGUGAUCACUAAAAAACAUUGUUGUUGUUUUUUUUGUUUUGUUAAGCAGUCAUGUAUCUUUUUGUGUUUGUGUUUUGUGUAAGGGCAUGAUGUGUUCUUUUUAAACGUUUCGUAACACAAUUUCGCCAAGAGCCACUUUUUUGAAUGUGCACAGUCAUUUUUAAAACAUGACGCCAUAGUAAUGUACCUGUGGGACAGCCGUAAAAAGGCAAGAGGGUGCUUGAGCCAAUCACAAGCGAUGUUACUGCCAUGUAGAUGAGGAGUGGACCAAUCACGCUCAAUGGGAGAGGCGGUAUUUUUUUUUUCUAAGGAGUAUUUCAACUGGAACAAGUUCACUGCUACAAUGACUAUUACAGCUUGUGUCUUUGGUCAAUGAUUAACUAAAAAUCUUUUUUUUUUUUUAAAGAAAAAAUAAAGUCCAUGAUUUUUACUACUCAA